AUGCUGACAAUAUUUGCACUACUUCACGGAGAUAAAUAUCGUUCAGCCACCAAGUCGAAAGCUGUCCAUUACUCCGUCAGUUCUAGAUUUGUGUCCGUUUCUCCGUCUUCUCUGUUUCAAAGAAAUGUAUCAAGAGCUAGAGUUGGGCAACAAAUAUCCGAGAAGACUGUUGUUCUUACCCCGCUGUCAGACCCUAGAUUGGUCUCGACAAAUGUUUCACCCGAAAUUGAAUUAACCAAAGUACAUUACAAAAGAGUAGCAUUUCUGAAAGUCCACAAAGCAGGAAGUACGACCGCACAGAACAUAUUUCUUCGCUAUGGUGAAUCUCGCAACCUCACGUUUGUACUUCCAAUAAUUCGUGAAGAUCAUUGGGAUAAUGUUAUCAGUGUACAGUCGACUUUGAAUGACAAAAAUAUUCUUCCUCCUCCACAAAAUAGAACAUACGACAUAUUAUGCUGCCAUGUGUUAUACAACAGUGAAGCUUUUCAUAAGUAUAUGCCAACUGACACAGCAUAUAUAGGUAUUGUUCGCGAACCAUUUGAUCAGUUCUUGUCGACCUUGAAUUAUUUCAGAGCUCCAUAUAUUUUUGAAAGAAUAAAAUCACGCAAUAAAGUUUUAAAGUAUCUGCAAGAUCCUUCUCAUUAUGAACAUGGUUUACCAUAUAGGUGGUCAAUGACAAACAACAGAAUGGCAGUUGAGUUUGGAUUUCCUUCCAAUCUCUUUCAUCAAUAUUUAGAAGAAGAAAGCAUGAAUUAUUUGACGAAACUUGAUAAAGAAUUCCAGUUUGUGAUUAUAAUGGAAUAUUUCACUGAGUCGGUUGUUAUGAUGAGACGUAUAUUAGGCUGGACAAUAAAGGAUGUCUUGUUUUUCAGGCAAAAUACGGCGCCACGGUCAUAUUCAUUCGCUGAUAACACUCACAGACAUUUGUACGAAAGAUUUGCAAAGUUAGACUACGACUUGUACAAUUUCUUUUACAGACGCCUGUGGUCACAAAUUCAAAAGGAGGGUCUAGACUUUCAAUUAGAAUUGUUAUAUUUUGAACGAUUGCGUAAAGAAGUAGAGGAUUAUUGCAAUUACAAAGUAGAUAAAAGAAGCGGAUAUAUAGUCGUGGCUUCUAAGUGGUGUUCGGCAUUUGUGGUUUCUCGAGACGACUGUUACUAUCUAGAAAAGAAUGAGAUGGUUUUUGUGGAGAGGAUAAGAACGCGUCAAUAUGGCUUUCAAAAAAGAGGAAAUUUGAUGGAAGAUUAUGUUUUAAGUUUAAAUGAAUCACUUUCAUGAUGAUUUCUGUAAUAUAACA